AUGGCUACUGCUAUUGCAAAACAAUCGGCCACUACUAUUCAACAAGCGGAAACUUCUGCCCAACAAGCUGCAAUUCGAGCUCAACGUGAGGCGCUAAGGGAUCAAAGAGAAGAAGCUGCUGCUGCUGCGAGAGAACUGACAUAUUUUAAUCGUCAAAACCCACCAAAAUUCAAAGGGGAACAUGACCCAAACAAUGCUGAUCUUUGGAUACAAGAAAUUGAGAAAUUUUUUGAAAUGUUGUUUUGCAUAGAUGCUAAGAAGGUGGAAUAUGCAACCUUUUUGCUUAGGGCAGAGGUUGAAUCCUGGUGGCGGGGUGUGAAGCAGCUAAUGGAGAGUAACAAUGAAGCACUGAAUUGGGCAACAUUUAAACAGAAAUUUUUGGACAAGUAUUUCUCAUCAAGUGCUAGAUCUGAGAAAGAAGCUCAAUUCCUUAGACUUUACCAAGGUAAUAUGACUAUCUCUGAGUAUGCUGACAAAUUUGACUCACUAGCCAAAUAUUUCCGCUAUUUUCGUGACCAUGUGGAUGAGAACUAUAAGUGUGAGAGGUUUGAGCAAGGACUCAGAUAUGAGAUUAAGGAAUUUGUGGAGCCCUUUGAGAUCCAUCAGUUCCAAGUGCUAGUGGAGAAAUGUAAGAAGGUGGAACGGAUGAAGCAAGGAUGUCUGAAUAGAUGGGUUGCUGGAGGACCGUCUAGACAUCAGGGACAUCAAGACUGCAAUAAUAGGGGCAAGCAACAACAACCAUACAUCCGACCUCAACGGGGUGGAAGAGACCAACCUCAAACACAGUUCAAGGGAGGUCAGAGGCCACAAAAUUCAAGUAGUAUUCGCUGCUACAACUGCAAUAAGGAGGGACAUCGACCGGGACAUUUUGCUAGGGAUUGUCGAGCACCAAGGAGAGAUCAUGUUCCAUCUACCAACAACAACAAUGAUGUUAUCUGGCCUACUGCUAAGGGACGUGCCUAUCACAUUGGGGGAGAGGAAGCUUCGAAUGCCUCAGGAUUAAUCCAGGGUGAGUGUGAAAUUGCAGACAAACUAUUCCCAAUAUUAUUUGAUUUUGGUGCUACUCAUUCUUUCAUCUUUGUGGAGUGUGAAAAUUAUGUACAACUACUUGUUACUUCACUGGCUUUUGAUUUGGUGGUCACAAUACCAUCUUCUGAACCUGUAAUACUUAAUGAAGCUUGCUUAUAA